CCUGACUGUUGCUGCUAGUGAAGUAGCUCUUUAGCUGCCAGUCGCAGUUAGCAGCAGUAGCGCGUCUGUGGCUCACCGUCGCGAAACCAUGGCUGGAAAAAGAGCGCUGGUGAUCCUGUCCAAAGGUGCAGAGGAGAUGGAGACUGUAAUCCCAGUGGACAUCAUGCGGAGAGCCGGGAUAUCAGUGACUGUCGCCGGGCUGACUGGCAAGGAUCCGGUCCAGUGCAGCAGAAACGUGGUCAUCUGUCCUGACGAGAGUCUGGAAGAGGCCAGUAAACAGGGCCCCUAUGAUGUGGUGGUGCUGCCAGGAGGGAUGCCGGGGGCCCAGAAUCUGGCAGAGUCUUCUGCUGUGAAGGAGGUGCUGAAAGCUCAGGACGGCAGAAAGGGCCUGAUCGCAGCUAUCUGUGCAGGCCCCACUGCUCUCCUGGCACAUGGCAUCGGGUUUGGCAGCACAGUUACCACACAUCCUGCCAUGAAGGAGAAGAUGAUGGCUGGAGAUCACUAUAAAUAUUCAGAGGCCCGCGUACAAAAGGAUGGACAUUACAUCACCAGCCGUGGGCCAGGAACCAGCUUCGAGUUUGCCCUGACUAUUGUAGAGGAACUUAUGGGGGCUGAGACGGCAGCUCAAGUCAGGGCUCCACUUAUUAUGAAAGACUGACGUAUUCAUCCGUGUCACAGCCAAGCAAAAUGUGGUGAGCACGUUCAAUAGGAUAUUGGUGAUGCUGGUGGCACCAUUCUUCAACUCUACAGCACUUACAGUUGCAUGUAUUUCAGGAAGCUGAUUCACAUCUCUGGUGUGUUCGGCCCCUGAAUAAUUACGAAUAAAGAGUACUUGCCUCAGACGUUAGCAGAAAUAAAAAGAAAUGUAAAUCUGUGCUCCAUUGAUAGUUUCUUUCUAAUUGGUGAGGUUUCUGUGAAAGCAUUUUGUUCAAGGGUUAGUCACUCCACCUUCUAUCAAUCCAUCCAUGUUGUUCUGCUUAUCUGAGGUUUGUCAUGAAGGCUGCGGUAUCAAGCAUAGAGCUCCUCUCUGCCACAAGUCUUCCACUGCUCUUCUUGGGGUCAAUGAGGUGUACCCUUGGUAUGCUCCGGAGCCUCCCUAUGUGACUUGAAAAAAUACGACCACCUCAGCUGCUCUAAGUCCAGCCUCUUCUGGAUGACCAAGCACCUUGCCACAUCUCUGAGCGAGCGUCCAGUCUCUCCAGAAAACACUCAGGAGCAGUUUAUUUCUGUCUCUCCACAGCAGGGAACCAUUGUUGAGAAUGGGAAUGUGGAUCGAGUGGUAAGUCAAGUCAGCUACUUUGUAAACAAGCAGAUGGCUAUGUCCAACCAAACCCACUUCAGUUAUGGGUGAAGUGAAAUGUAGAGUAAAUGAAUGAGACCUGUGUUAGUG